AUGAGCUCGCAGCUUUACGGAAAUAUCAUCACGCCAACGACGCCGCAGAACGCGGAACGCUAUCCUAUCCUCGCCUCUCAUGUCAUUGUUUGCUACUCUGCCCCCAAUGAUGAAAAAGAAGGCGAAAGACACGAGCAACUUCAACUGCUUAAACCCUACACGCAGCUUCCCGACGAAGAGGAUAAUGAAAACAAAGAUGGCAGCGGAUCCGAACAAGGGGACUCCGCCAGCGAUGGCGACAUCUCCGCUGACGAAAAGGAUAGUGAAAUGAAUAAUGCCGAUAAUCCGCCCAUGGGUAUUGAUUUGAGGGGGAUUUGCUUGACUUUAGGGGUUCAUCUAGGCCCUCUCGUUCGCUGCCAUUUAUUUCACUGUGUAAUCGGCAUCCCUGCGCAAGAUUUAUCGCUGCUUUCUUCACAUUCUGAGGCCGCAGUCGUCGGCCAUCCGUUCUCAGAGGCGAGCUUAGAGCGCUGUGUGGUCUACGGUGGGUGGCGCUACGUGGUCUACGCCUACCCACGAUGCGCAAUCAAAUUUCUCAGCUGCAUUUUGGAGGGCCUAAGCGAAAAUACGAGAAAUUUCAUCUCUCCAGGCGGCGAUCAAAGCAAACGAAAGUCGAUCGCGCAUCUUCCUUCAGGAAUAAAGCCGAUACGGUCGCGUCAAAACGAGUCUUUCGGCGGACGAAAUCACCCUGAAGGCACUGAAGACGACUCCCACAUGGAGAAGUCAUCAUCCCUUCAAAGAGAAUUCGUCAAUAGGAUUCGCAAAAUUUGUCAGGUUCCUUUUUCUUCGUCAGAUUCCCUGUCAUCGUCGGCGAUUACAACGAUUGGAGUGUUUUGCGAUAACGCCGAUAUAAGCAUUACGGAGUGCGUUAUCGGAAACACACAACUAGGGAUUAUUAUAUACCAAGGAUGUCAUGGAACAUGCAUUAUCGCUUCUCAGAUUCAGUCUAUUCGGGAAAUCGGGAUUUAUGCGCACGGAAUGGCGGGAAAGUUUACGAUUAGACAAUGCGUGAUCGCUGGCUGCGGGCGGGAAGCUUUGCUGGUGUCUGGCCCACGCGAAGAUCAAAUUAUAAAAGUCGAACAGCAAUGGCUAAUCGCGCCGGAUGCUGUGAAGGCACAGUAUCUUAUCCAAACGAAAGAACUUGACAACCUUGAGGAAAUGGACGAAGAGGACAUGGAGUUUUCCGCACGGAUAGGAAAGCCCUCUUUUGCUCAGCAUCCGGUUGUCCAAAACUGCCAUAUUUUCGGUCGCGUUCGCUUUCAAGGCUGCGUGCGCGAUGGUGCGAUGGCGGACAAUUUUAUCUACAUCCCACACAACGCCGACGAAAGAAAUUUUAAGAGCGAACAAUCAACCGUAUUGGAUCCAGAAAUGUAUAAAAAGACAGAAAAAAAACCAAAAACCCCUGCUGCUACGACGAUAUCGUCUGCAUAUAUUCAACCUCCCACCUUUGGUGUGAAGAAGCAAUGGCCGAUACAUGGGUUUACCAUUCUGCAUGAAAAGCAUACACAGAAAGCCACCGCCAUAGAAGGCUAA